AAUUCAGAAUUACCAGAUGGGAUCUUGAGAGUAGCAGAUUCAGAAUUACUUGGAAAGAUCCUGAGAGUAUUGCUACUCGUACCAUUUAACGGGUUGUGUCAGCGCCACCGCAGAUAGAUCUUUCCUGCGGCUCCAAAAGGCCAGGAAAGGAAAUCGCAUGCGAUACCUUCCAAAUCGCCAUCGAGGAGACACGAACCGUCCAUGACCAACACAGCAAAUCCAUCGAACAACAAACGCAAGCUCCCAGCGCCCAGAGAGAGGAACUGAGCAAACAACAAACGCAAGCUCCAAGCCUUGCUCCGCCUCCUCUACUGCUCUCUCUCUGCUGCUCUCUCUCUCUCUGCCCGACCACCAGCGCCCCUCCCAUACCCAGCGCCGCGCCCGCUCCUGCCUGACCCCCAGCGCCGCCACCCCGCCUGCCCACCCCCCAGUGAGUGAGAUGAGGGGUCUCCUGGACUUGCUCUAACCUGCUCGACGAAAUGCCUUACCGGGACGUGGUCGCGGCGACGGCCGCCAUCGGUGCGCUCACGCGCGGGAGCCGUCAUCGGGACGCCGUCACCCUCUUCUCUCGCGUGCUUUCGGACGGCAUCCCGCCCAAUGAGUUCACCUUCGGCACGGUCCUACGGUCGGCCACCGCACUGCGUGACCUGCGCGUCGGCACGCAGCUCCAUGCCUGCGUCGCCAAGUUCGGCCUCUGCUCCAACGUCUUCGUGGGCAGUGCUCUCGUCGACCACUACGCCAAGAUGGGCGCCAUGGCGGAAGCCCAGAGCGCGCUGGGCGACACCCAUGAGCCCAAUGUCGUCUCCUAUACAGCGCUCAUCGCGGGGUUCCUGAAGAAUGGGAUGUUUGACGACGCUCACCGGUUGUUCCAGUGCAUGCCAGAGAGGAAUGUGGUCUCGUGGAAUGCGAUGAUCGGCGGGUGCAGCCAGGCAGGUCUGAAUGAGGAGGCAGUCGGUCUGUUCCUGGAAAUGUGUCGACAGGGCGUCAGACCGAACGAUAGCACGUUCCCAUGCGUGCUCACUUCUGUUGCCAAUGCAGGGGCACUUGGUGUCGGUAGAAGCGUCCAUGCAUCGGCUAUCAAGUUAUUGGGGAAGCUUGACGUUUACAUUGGCAAUUCUCUUGUCAGCUGCUAUGCCAGGUGCGGUAGCUUGGAGGACAGUGUCCUGGCGUUCAGAAAGAUGAAGCAAAAGAACCUUGUUACCUGGAACGCGUUGAUCUGCGGGUAUGCGCAGAACGGGAGGGGGCAGGAAGCUUUGGGUGCCUACGAGACAAUGAGAGCAAUGGGUUUGAAGGCAGACAAUGUAACUCUUCUUGGAUUGCUGUUUGGUUGCAACCAUGCUGGUCUAGUUGACGAGGGUUAUUCUUUGUUCAAGACUGCGCAGCUGGAGCAAGCGGGUAUACUAAAACCUGAACAUUAUGCUUGCGUGGUCGAUCUCCUAUCUCGGGCUAAUCGAUUUGACGAUGCCAAGAGGUUUCUUCAGGAACUUCCCUUUGAGCCUGGCAUCGGGUUCUGGAAGUCAAUGAUAGGAGGGUGUCAGAUUCAUUGGAACAAGGACCUGGCCGAGAGCGUUGCAGAGCGUAUUCAGGCCCUGGAUCCAAAGGACACUUCUUCAUACAUCCUUCUUUCUAAUGUUUACUCUGCAGCUGGAAGCUGGCAGAGUGUGUCAAUGAUUAGGAGGCAGAUUAAGGAGAAGGGUCUAAAAAGGAUCACCGGCUGCAGCUGGAUUGAGGUCCAGAACGAUGUCCAUGUCUUCUUCAAUGGAGACUCAAGACAUAGCCAGUGUGAUGAAAUUUACAUGAUGCUUGAAUCUUGCCUCGGUACCGAGGAAGAUGAACACUGCCUUGUAUGAAUGUUGCCUCUGGGUGGUGAAAUUUACAUCAUGCUUCAAGCUUGUCUUGGUGCUGACAAAGAUGAACAUUGCUUUGUGAUUGCUAGAAACCUUCCAGAAGAUUCAGACGAGUGAAUGACGUUUGCCUGUAACCACUUCUGGUCCUCGGGGGCUCAUGAAGUGCUUAGAAGACAGCAAGACCGACAAAUAAUCACUUAGUUGUGUUCAUCAGAUUAAAUGGUAUGGAUUGACUUCCAGUUGCACGGUAGCAGGAGUAAUUAGGCUACAUAAGAACAAAAGAGAAGGGAAACUGCGGAGCACCGAGCACCUGGAGAUCAGAACAGAGAUGGCCAGAUGGGUUAUGUUCCUGAAACAGAGGAAGUGUUGCUUCUUUUAGGGAAGUGUAGCAAUUGGAAGACAUAGGUUGAAGCUUUUACAGUGCUUAUCUGCUCGAAUGAUUCUAAAGAAACCGAUUGGAUUAGAGAACUCAAAAUGUGUUAAUGUGGAUGAGAAAAUUUCGUCAA